AAAAUCGCCAAUCUGUAAUCGUAGUUGCCGAGGAGUUGGAGAAGAGAGUAGGAACAUUUUCAAAUUACAGAAAACUGAAGAAAUGGCCAUGGAAGUUGAAGAGAGAGCAGCUGGCUCGAACUUUUCUUGUUGGCCUAUACGACGACGCUUGGGACCAGAUGCCCCCUUGUUCGCAGCUGGUAACAUCGAAAGAGAACUCCUCGCGAAACAGGUCGCAUUGGACAUAACGGAAGAAGAAAAGCAACAGAUAAGAGGUGUGGAAGAUUGGGCAAGCAGUGAAGUGUUUUGCCCAAUUGUUGGUUGUGGAGCCCGCCUGAAAUCUUUGGAGGACUUUGAAGAUCACUAUAACGCACGGCACACGGCAUCUUGUUCUGUCUGCUCGCGAGUAUACCCAACAUCUCGUCUACUCAGUAUACAUGUAUCUGAAGCUCAUGAUUCUUUCUUCCAAGCAAAAGUUGCCCGUGGCUUUGCCAUGUACGAAUGCCUCGUUGAGGGCUGUAAUGUGAAGCUAAAGAAUUACAAGAGCCGGCAGCAGCAUCUCGUGGACAAACACAAAUUCCCAUCCUCGUUCGAGUUCUUUAAGAAGGCUAAGCCCUCGAAAAAACAAAGGCACAAAGUGCUGCAACAUAAACAAGCAUCACACGACACACAGAACACAACAUCGACAAAGAUGCAAGUCGACCAAGAAAACAUAGACAGUCUUGUUUCGGCAGUCUCUAAGCUAAGCACUUCAGAUUCUCCUUCAUCAGUCAGUUUCGGCAGGCGCCACAACAGAGGCAUUGCUUUCGUUCCUCGAGCUGUUCAGAAAGAGAGGAAGCCUGGCCUGGGCUUUUCAACGGAGCAGGUAAAAAGAUAGCUUGGAAAAUCUUAUCAAAUGGAGGACAUGUAUGGAGUCGGAUAGCGUUUGCAUGAGGUGGCAGUCUUUUUUCGAUCUUAUCGAGAAUUUCUGCAUGUUUUAGAAGAAGGUUUUACUGGUAUAAGAUUUUACUGACGGGAAAUUUUUAUAUAUAAAAAACAAAAAAAAACAAGUGGACAAAAAUAAAAGCAAAAAAAAAAAUGUGGACC